AUGGGUGGGCUUCCAGGCCUUUGCACCCACCUGGAUUCUCGCUCCAGUGCUACAGGUUUUAGCCUCAAGUGCAUUAAAGAUAAAAAGGUCCCCAUCGGGGUCACCGUGGUCGUAGCGGCGUUGCUUCUCGCCAUCAUCGCGCUGGCGGCCUCUCCCGUCCUUCCCAGCUGCCUGGAAAAGGGGAUCGGGUACAGGGAGAAGUGCUUUUACUUUGUGGAGGACGAAGCGGACUGGAACAGGAGUCAGAUCUCUUUCCUUUCUCUCGGAGCCCAUUUGGCCACCAUCGACACGCAGGAGGAGCUGCGUUUGCUCUUGCGCUAUGGGAGUUCCUUGCACUACUGGGUCGGUCUCCGAAGGGAAGGCUCUGGACCUUGGAAAUGGUUCAACGGGUCUCUCUUCAGCAACGCGUACGUCCCGUCGUCUUCUGGAGAAU